UGAGAGAAGGGCAAGAAGUCGCCAGAUCAGCGCCUCUUCCUCUCUGCAUCACCGGUUCUCCUCUGAGCGCAGAGUCAAUCAGAUCCACACGGCCGAGGAGACCGGCAAAGGGCCCGCUGUGCUUCGCCGGGCUGUGCUGCUGUGAGGAAGCCGACAGACGGACAGACAGACAGACGGACCAUCUCAGUCAGUCAGCGAGCCGAAUCAGCGGGGCUGACUGAUCUUCCCCAUCGCAACUCCUUUUUGCUCUCUAUCGACGUGGCGAAAAUGAAGCCGCGGGGUUCAUUCGGAACCGAAAUGGCACUCAUCGCUGUCGUCUAUGCAGUUUUGAUUCAUGUGAGCGGGCAGGCGCAGCCAGACACGAAUGCACAGACACACAAGGGAGGGAGGGAGGGAGAGAGGGAGAGAUACACACACAGACAUCGCGUGAUGUGUUGUGUGCAGGUUGCCGCCAGCAGCAUCAGGGGGGGAUGGAACAGGAGGCUACAAGGUGCGACGAGAGAAGGGCGACAGGAUGAACGCCAGUCAGCGGGUAUCUGCAGUGGCUCUCAUCAUGUUGUCUGUGCCUGGCUGUCUGUCUGUCUCUGUUGAUCGGUUGAUCAGUUUCUGAGGGUCCGCUGCGUGCUGCUUAUACUUAUCCCGAUGUCCGGCGGGAUGACACCGUCGAUGAGCUACACGGGCAGCGCGUUGAGGACCCUUACAGGUAGCCCACCACUGAUUCACAUUCCCGCCCGCCCAUCCAUCCCGUUUGUCUUUGUCACGUACCGUACAGGUGGCUUGAGAAUCCGUCAAGUGCCGACACGCAGCAAUUCGUGGCCGAUCAGAAUGACGUCUUCAGCGCCUACAUCGAUGGCAGCUCCAUCGGCGUCGAGGCCAAGGCCCGCAUGAAGCAGCUCAACAACUACACCUCACUGAACAUACCACAGAAGAUAUUCAUCCGCGACGCCGAGACCGAUGAAAUCCUUCGCACCAAGCUCAUAUGGGAGAUGCAGCGGGGGCUCGAGGACCAGGCCAGGGUCUACAUCUUUGACCUCGAGGAGCCCAACGUGGCCGGGGUGGACUUCAACAACAUCACUGACGAGGAGCUGCUGACGGAGGAGAGCGUCUUUCUGGACCCCAACAAGUGGUCUGAGGACGGCACCAUCGCCCUCACAUACACCAAAGGGUUCUCGCCGGACGGACAGACAUUUGCGUGAGCCCCUCACACACACGAACGGGACCACAUGGUAUGGUAGAUGGAUGGGAUGCAUCAUGUCAUGUGUUGUGUUGUGUUCUCUCUCGUGUCGUGUGUGUGCAGGUAUGGCAAGAGUGAGAACGGCAGUGACUGGGUGUUUGUGGAGUUCAUGGAGACGGAGAGCCGGGAGCCUCUGCCUGACACCAUCAAAGACGUCAAGUUCAGCAACGUCGUCUUCUCGCCAGACGGCAGGGGCGUCUUCUACCAGAUGUUCCCAAGACCUGAGGGCGGCGACGACUCGGGCGAACUCACAGACUCGAAGGUCGGCAACUGCACUGCACUGUCCGUGUUGGGGGAGAAAGAUGGCGCCCUUCUGUGUCUAUUGGGUCUGCAGGUAAUGUACCACGUGAUGGGUACGGACCAAGCAGCAGAUUUGGUGGUCGUCGAGACGCCCGAGCAUCCCACCUGGGUCAAGGGCGUGAUCGUGACACCAGACAGGGAAUACCUGAUCUGCAUAAUAUCCAGAGGCGCUGAGAGGGUCAGUCACUGCCCACACACCGAGACACACACACAGGCACCACCUCCUGCCCUGCAUGCGAUUGGUGUGUGCAGACGAAUGCCUUGUGGUACGCCAUGAUCGACGAGAUCCCUUUCAUGGACGGCGGAGAUGAUGGUGAGUCCAAGGUCCGCGACUACUCCAAGACAGAGUGGGUGAAGCUCAUCACCAACCCGGGCGAGCACGAGUACGAGCUGCUCGCCACUAACGGCACCAUCUUCACGCUCAUCACCGACUUCAAGGCGCCCAGGAAACGCAUCAUCCAGAUCAAUAUCGAGAAGCCAGGUGGGCGAGCUGCACUGGCUUGAUCAUGGACUUUGGUGUGUGUGUGUGUCUACGUCAGACGAGGAUGAGUGGAUGGAGCUGGUGCCUGAGGGUGAGGACCUGGCGGUGCUCGACGAAGCCAUGGUCGUCAACGAGGUGAUUAGGGCAGAAAAGCCAGCUACACUGCUUGCCUGCACAAAUGUCGCUGUCCCGCUUGUUUUCCCGUGCAGACGAUAUUGCUCGUGUCUUACAUGAAGGACGUCCACAGCAUCGUCAAAUACUACGACCUCACAACAGGUGGGCGGGGAUGCGGGCGGGUCGCCGCACCGCCUCGCUGAAGCUGACGUGUUGGUGUUUGUGUUGGUUAGGUGAGUUCCUGGGUAACAUUGAAUUCGACCUGGGCACUGUGAGUAUGCCUCACGGCUGGGGAGCAUACCGGGUCAACUUCUACGAGCCAGGUGACUAUAUGCAGCACACACAAAGAAGAUUGGGAGGGGAACACACACACACACCACACACACACACACACACAGAGAGAGAGAGAGAGACAUGGGCUUGUGUGGCUGUGGUGUGCCGUCAGAGAUCUUCUUGUCAAUGAAGGACUUCCUCACCCCCACCACCGUCUACCGCCUCGACUUCACGCAGGAGGAGGCCACCAAAAACCUCUUCAGAGAGACAAAGGUACAUCCUGGCGACAAAAGACACUCACACAAUACCUCCCAAUGCUCUCUCUCUCUCUCUCUCAGAUCGAGGGAUACGACUCGUCUAUAUUCGCGGUCUCCCAGGUCUUCUACAAGAGCUCCAACGACACCGAGAUCCCCAUGUUCAUCCUCCAGUCAAAAGAAGCCGCCAGCGGCGCCCCCUCCCCCAAGCCGUGCUUCCUCUACGCGUACGGCGGCUUCUCCGUGUCCAUCCAGCCGUCCUUCAUCACCAGCGCCCUCAUAUUUGUCGAGAACUUCGGGGGCAUGUACGCCUUGGCCAACAUCCGGGGCGGGGGGGAAUACGGCGUCGAAUGGCACCUUGCUGCAGUGGGGGAGAAACGACAGGUACGUAGGUGCCUUGGCCGGCCAGCUGUGUGAUUGCCCUUACCCUGUUUGUGUGUGUGUGUGUGUGUGUGUGUCAGACUGCUUUUGACGACUUUCACAACGCUGCUGAGUUCCUCAUCGAGAGCGAAUACACUACAUCAGACCAGUAAGUAUGCAGCCAAGACCACGGUGGUUUCGGACAGCUUCAUGCUGACUUCCCUGCGUAUGUGUGUGUCAGGCUGAUGGUCCAUGGGGCGUCGAACGGCGGUCUGCUGAUGGCCGUGGUGGCCAACCAACGGCCCGACCUGUAUAAGGUCGUCAUCCCUGGCGUUCCCGUCAUCGACAUGUUCAGAUACCAUCUGUUCACCAUCGGGGCAGCAUGGUCAGUCUGUCUGUCGUGCCCACUCAAAAGGGGAUGGACAGAGGGAGCAUUCGUGUGUGUCGAUGCGCAGGAUUCCCGAGUACGGCGACCCGGAGAUCUCCGACCACUUUGACUGGCUCAAGGAGUGAGUGGGAGGGAGCUCAGUCAGGCACACGUGUGUGUAUGUGUGUGUGUGUGUGUGUGUGUUGUGUCAGGUAUCAUCCGCUGCUGCAGAUCAAGACGCCUUCUGAGGAGCUGGAAAGGCAGCAGUACCCUGCCGUAAGUCCAAGCACUCACGGCAUUGACGGACAACGAUGUGUGUGCUGUCGUUCCCAUCGACAUAUAUCUGUGCCGUCAGAUCCUGGUUCUGACGGCCGAGUCCGACGACCGUGUCGUCCCGAUGCACGCCUUCAAAUACGUGGCGACACUGCAGCACCAGUUGGGCAGCAGCGAUCAGCAGGAGAACCCCCUCAUGAUCCGCAUCGAGACUAAAGCGGGACACGGUGCGGGCAAGCCAAUAUCCAAGGUGUGUACAGAAUAAUACACAACAACCAACUCACAUGGACAUGGACAUUGACUCACAUGUGCCCGCGCCUCAUCCAUCUGUGGUCUGCCCGCCUGCCGUGUCGGUCUGUCUGUCUCAUCUCCAUCAGACGAUCGAGCAAUGGGGUGACACGUUUGCCUUUGUGGCCAAGGCCAUCGGUCUCAAGUGGACGCCGCCAGUGCGGGGGAACGCGACGGACACCGAAGACAUCAACGGUGGGUCGGAGCAGGAGCAGGUCAUCGUCAGUAACGGCGAUGCCUACACGAACGGAGGCCGGUGAUAUGAUAUAUGGGACGGAUGGGCGGGGCGGGGCGAUAUCACAUGCGUCCAGAUUCUGGGCAUGGUGGGAGGGGCGAUUGCGUGUAUGUGUGUAUGUGAAUUUGUGCACGUGUCAUGUUUGUAGUGGUGCGUUAUGGUGUGACUCGGGGAGGCAGGUCCGUAGGGGGAGGGUUUUAUCUGUCUGUGUACGUGUCGUACAUACGUUGUGUGUUCGCGUGUCUGUCUAUUGCUGGGGACAUUUUUGCGUGGUGAGUCCCCCUUGGCCCAAUGGUAAUGGUAGGUACUACGUCUCUCUCUACGGCUGCAAGGUUUUGAAACGCUGCAGGCGGCCGACAUGAACCCGUGUCGGCCGACCGAUACACAGAUAGAUAUCCGUCACAGACUAGCUAUAGCCAGCACAUCGAUCGCUUUUUUGGGGCUGGCCAGCCAGCGAGCAGACGCGCCUACUUCGGCUCGGCUCGGCUCGGCACGCCCCCACCACAUCCGUCCACUCGCUGAGAUCUCCGUUUCUGUCUUGUCUAUCGCAGCCAGGCAUAUUUGUGUCUUAUCUGUUUUCCGUUGGUGUGUGUGUGUGUGUGUGUGUGUUGGCGGAAGGGGUGGGGGGUGUCGACCGACCGACCGACCGCAGCUAGCCCCUUCACGCCACGUGCCUUUCGCGGCGCCUUCAUGAGAUGCCUGUGAAGGCAGCCACCAGUUGAUGUGUAUCCAUUUGCUGCCGCCCGGCGCCGCAUAGACUUUUUUCGCUUUUUGCGGCGUGUGUGUUGGUGCGGCGCCCACAUGCUGCGAACGUCUGUGUGGAGCGAACAGUGAGUAUAUUGUGUGUGUGUUG